UUUGGCGCCACCUGGCGCUCAGCCUGCAGAACGUCCGUUCCUCAGAGACGAAGCUAAUAAAUGGCUUUUAAAUCAACCUCUAAACUUUUGGAAUUAACUCAACGGAGUUGGUCCUGGCAGAAGUCCUUCUGUUCGUUAGGCUACAGUGGAUCAUUUACUGUUGAACAUGACCGACUCAACCGAUGUUUCACCGUGUCUCCGGUCAGCAGCGGCGAAGGUGUAAACUCAAUCCCGGAUUUCAAGCCUGGUUCUCGUAUAGAUUCUUCAGCGGCCAGGCAGCAAGCAGUGCUGUACUACAGGUUCACUGGAGACAAGCAGGUGGACCUGAUGUCCACAUUUGUUCCUGAGACCUUCAGAGGCCAACGGAUCGCUGCACUGCUCUCACAGGCUGCCAUUGACUUUCUGUUGGAAAACAAACUAAAGGCUCACGUCUCCUGUUGGUAUAUAAAGAAGUACAUUGCAGAACAUCCUCACCAGCAGUACAAAGAUCUUAUCAUCAGUUGAUUGUAUCCGAUUUGUCCUCCGGAGCUCCACCUUUCACCAGCGGCACUUUGCAAUCUACAAAAUAAUUUAAAACAGAAAUGAAGAGGGGUGUUUUAUUGUAUAAAAACAAGAAUGACAUUUUAGGUGCAUUUAAGAACUUAUUUUCACAUCGAAUUGUACAUUUUAGAUUUGUGUCUGUACACUUUACUUUGUUUGAUUGUGUGGAUUAAUUGAAUAAAAACAACAUAGUUUCUUUGCA